UUUUUUUUUGGGUGGGUUUAGUUGAUUUGUAAGUAAGGAAAGUGAUGUGGGGUGUGAGGCAAGCCCAGGGGGCUCGCAUCCUGGAACUUGUAUUCUCAGAAGAUAGUAAAGAUUUUUCCCUCCUCACGGACGUAGCUCUUGAACAAAAGGAUGGGAACCCUAGAUGAGGUGGUUGAAAUUGAUAGCUUAGAGAGGGGUCUCUUAUCGGGAACCGGUACUCGGGGCGAAAAUGGAGCUGAAGGUGAAACAGUUCUGUAUGCAGCCUCAUUCCAAGAGAUGGAAGACAAGUUUAUCAAGUACCAAACAUCUCAAUGGGUUCUUUACUCGUUGCUUUUGGUGUUGGCUUGGGGAAUUGGCUUUUUUAUGCUGCUUUAUUUGCCGAUUCGGAGAUAUAUACUGCGCAAGGACAUUCGAUCGAAAAAGCUCUAUCUUACCCCGAAUUCCAUUGUCUACAGAGUUACUAGGCCAGUGCCAUUUCCAUGCUUUGGUGUGUUGAAGAAAGAGAAGCAUAUUCUCUUACCAUCAGUGGCUGACAUAGUAAUUGAACAAGGAUAUUUGCAGUCUCUGUUCGGUGUGUACUCACUUAGAAUAGAGAAUAUCGGUGUAAGACGGCCACCAAGCGAUGAUGUUCAAAUCCAGGGAGUUGCAAAUCCAAGUGCUUUCAGGAAGGCUGUUUUAAUGCGCCUUUCAAGUAUGAGGAGUGAGGCUUUCUCCAGACAAGUUUCCGCAAUUGAAGACGUCCCAAAUUCUAGGUUAUCUCAAUCAAAAUCUGUCAGGCAAGAUUCAUUUUCUCAUACAGGGGAUCUAAUUCUACUGCAAAAGCUAGAAGAGGUUGGAACUUCAGUCAAGAGAGUUCAAUCUUUAAUUGAGGAGCAACACCCUCAGAGAACAGAACAUAGGGAAUGAGUGAAUUGAGUGGAUUCAAACAGGCAUUGAACGGUUGAAGUGCGAGAUAAGACCAACAGACACAGUUUGUUGAUUCCUAAUGAGUGAAAUUUGUUCCCACCUUUUGUUGUUGGGUAGGAUUGGCUGAUUCUCCUUCGAGCCCCGUGUGUGAUCGUUGAUUUUCUUGUACGUUAUUAUUUGGAAACAUAGCAAGUUAAUGCAUGUAAAUUUUGUAGGCAAAUGUAGUUGUGGUGUACAACGUUUUUUCAGGUCUUGGAUGAUGGUGAACAUAAAUCUAGACCGUUGAAAUUGAAAUUUUUUGUUAUUUGGUCCCACCUGACAAAAACAACUCUAAUUUCAGUGGCCAAGUUUGAAGUUUCCAUCAUCCAACACCUAAUAUUUUGAUUGUAUGGUAUAGCCAAAAAGCGUCGUACCGUAAUUCUGGCAUAUUCCUUAUUUUCUGGCAUAUUCCUUAUCUUUUCUCUUGUUAUUGAUUGUGGUUUUUCACUCGUUUUUUCCCCUCGUCUUUCCACGUCCAAUCAUAACAGCCUC